GGGAGAUUCUCUCCUGCAGUCAAGCAGCUGCCUCUGGACCUGCUGAGCCUCAGCUCCGAACAGCCCUUUGGAGCCAUGAAUGUCUCCUGCUGCCUGCUCUCUGCUCAGCCAACGAUGCCCAACAGCUCAGAGCACCCCGUGGCCCCGUCCCCGGCCAACCAGAGCAGCAGUGGGUUCUGCGAGCAGGUCUUCAUCAAACCCGAGGUCUUCCUGGCGCUGGGCAUCGUCAGCCUACUGGAAAACAUCCUGGUCAUCCUGGCCGUGGCACGCAACGGCAACCUGCACUCCCCCAUGUACUUCUUCCUCUGCAGCCUGGCUGUGGCUGACAUGCUGGUGAGCGUGUCCAAUGCCCUGGAGACCAUCAUGAUCGCUGUUGUCAAUGGCAACUACCUGGCCUUCGAGGACCAGUUCAUCCAGCACAUGGACAACGUCUUUGACUCCAUGAUCUGCAUCUCCCUGGUGGCCUCCAUCUGCAACCUGUUGGCCAUCGCCAUUGACAGGUACGUCACCAUCUUCUACGCACUGCGCUACCACAGCAUCAUGACCGUGAGGAAGGCCCUUGGCUUGAUCGCGGCCAUCUGGGUGUGCUGCGGUGUCUGCGGCGUGGUGUUCAUUGUCUACUCCGAGAGCAAGAUGGUCAUCGUGUGCCUCAUCACCAUGUUCUUCGCCAUGUUGCUGCUCAUGGCCACGCUGUACGUGCACAUGUUCCUCUUCGCCCGGCUGCACGCCAAGCGCAUUGCCGCCCUGCCGCCAGCCGACGGGGUGGCCCCGCCGCAGCACUCGUGCAUGAAAGGGGCCGUCACCAUCACCAUCCUGCUGGGGGUGUUCGUCUUCUGCUGGGCCCCCUUCUUCCUGCACCUGGUCCUCAUCAUCACCUGCCCCACCAACCCCUACUGUGUCUGCUACACUGCCCACUUCAACACAUACCUGGUCCUCAUCAUGUGCAACUCCAUCAUCGACCCCGUCAUCUAUGCCUUUCGGAGCCUGGAGUUGCGCAGCACCUUCAAGGAGAUCCUGUGUAGCUGCAAUGGCAUGAACUUGGGGUAG